UUCUUUAUUAGUAUUUCCUCAUCGCUCAGUUCUUUGCCAUGCACAGCGGCGGCGUGUCGACAGGGCCAACAAUGGCUGCAGCCGCUGCAUUGACAUUGACAUUGACAGUGGCUGCGCGUUCUGCUGCCUCCAUCCGACCCAUGCCAUCGCCAUCCCUGUCCUUCCAUUCCUCCUCAAGGCACUCAUCGUCGUCUGCUUUCACUGCCAAGCCAGGCUGCUCAUCACCGACGACGCUGACGGCGCUCUCGUCCUCCGCUCCCUGCUCCGUCGCCCGCGAUCGCCUUGCUCGGUCACUCCACCCACCGUCCCAUGACAAUGCACUGGCCACAAGCACAUCGCCGCUGCGGCUGCUGCUGCUGGGCUCCCGCGCAACACGCUCCCUGUCCUCCUCCUCCUCUUUUGCUUCUCGGUCAUCACCAUUGCCUUGUCUUGGCGUUGCGCCAGCCAUCUCGACUCCUGGCACCGCUGUCCAUGCGAUCGCUGCUGUAGCUGCAACAGACAAGCAAGAUCCAUCCACGCUGGCUUCCUGGCUGGAUGCUGCGCGCUGGAUCAGCCGAGCUCGAUUCUCGGCUUCGACUUCGACGCCAAGCACGCUGCUGCUGCGCUCGAGUCAACCAAGCAUGGAUCUUGCAGACGCGAGUCUAGUUCAAAGCUCUGGCCGACCCGUACCAAACGACCCAACGCCGAAUCGCCCGACAAUGGCGUCGUCCCAGCGACCACCACCCAACUUUAUCCCGAACGACUCCAACGAACAACGACAACAACAACAACAACAACGUCCACCCGUCGUGCCGCCGCUUCCUUCAUUCGACUCGCCCACGCCUGCCCAGUACCUCAUCAUGGUGCUGGCUGUCGUUGUUCUGGCCGUGAUCAACCGCAUGGUGGAAGAUCGCAGCCUCAAACAAAUCACUUGGCAAGAGUUUGUGACGGAUUAUCUCGCCAAAGGCAACGUCGACCAGCUCCUUGUUCGUACCGGGUUUGGCACGAGCGUUUAUGUGCACGUCAAGCCUCAUCAGUCGAAGGCUGCUCACAACCGUGGCGAACUUGAUCAUGUCGAGGAGCCACAGCAGCAGCUGGCUUCGUCGCACCGCACCCCGUCUCGCCCUUCGCAGCAUCAGCUGCAGCAGCAACCACCGAGCGCGCCACCCACUCACCCAACGGAAAUCUUUUACACGUACGACUCGGAUGAAGCUCACAGUGGCGGUGGCGACAGUACUGCUGCCCGUUCUGCCGACAAUGCUGAGCCUGCACCACAAUCCUCCUGGGAUCGCGUCCGAAGCGCACACCCAACAAAAUUCGGAGCUGAAGGUGCCGAGCCAGUGCACUUCCGCAGCACAACACCGCCGGUCGCCUACUUUACAGUGGCAGACGUGGAAUCGUUUGAACGAAAGCUUGCCGAGUCGCAGGACAGCCUUAGGUUUGGCUCUGCAGAUCGUGUCAAGGUUCUCUAUCACGAUAGCAAGACUGAAGUCAUGUAUGAGAUCGCGUAUGGUGUUGUCACGGUGGCCGCCCUUUGGAGCUUGAAUCAACUCGUGCGUCGCGCUUUUCUUGCCUCCUCGUUGCAAGCUCCCACAGCUGGCGCUGCUGCUCGCGCGAGAACAAGCCAACAGUCGGCUGAGUCUGGCUCGAAAGAGGCACACAAACAGCAAGAACAGCACGGCCAGAAGCAGCAAGAGCCAGAGCAGUCCUCAGAGAGCUCUGGGUCGUUUGGCCCGUUCGGCAACAUGUUUGGGCUUCCCCCAGGCAUGAGCAAAAAGACCUUCAAGGUCAUUCCACCCAACGAUUCGGCACAGCGAGUGACGUUCGCGGACGUGGCUGGCCUCUCCGAGGUCAAGGUUGAAGUCACCGAGUUUGUCGACAUGCUCAGCAAACCGGAUCGUUUCCGAGCCCUUGGCGCCAAAGUCCCUCGUGGCCUGAUGCUGACUGGUCCGCCUGGCACUGGCAAAACGCUGAUUGCGAAAGCGAUUGCUGGCGAAUCUGGAGUCAAUUUUAUCAGCGCUGCAGGCACCGAUUUUGUUGAAAUGGUUGUUGGUGUCGGCCCUGCGCGCGUUCGAGACUUGUUUGCGACCGCAAAGGCCAACAAGCCUUGCGUCAUUUACAUUGACGAGAUUGACGCCAUAGGCAAGACGAGAUCUAGCGCAAAACGACCGAUGGGAGGCAACAGCGAACGGGAAAACACCCUCAACCAGCUUCUGGUGCAAAUGGAUGGUUUCAACCCAUUGGAAGACGUCCUCGUCUUGGCAUCCACCAACCGCGUGGAUGUGCUGGAUCCGGCCCUGCUGCGACCCGGUCGCUUUGACCGUCAGGUGCAUGUCGGGCUGCCUGACAUGCGCGAGCGCCGCGAAAUUUUGCAUGUGCACAUGCAGCGACUCAAGCUCGACAUGCCAAUGGAGCAGUACUCCGAGCGCAUUGCCCAGUUGACACCCGGUCUGAGCGGCGCACACUUGGCCAACAUUUGCAACGAAGCGGCCUUGCAUGCUGGUCGCCACUUGAAGCCUGCUGUGACCAUGGCUGACUUUGAUCACGCCAUUGAUCGCACCAUUGCUGGCUAUGCCAAAACAACUCGAGUUGUCGCGCCCAACGAGCGGCUCCAAGUUGCGUACCACGAAGCCGGCCAUGCCAUUGUUGGAUGGAUGCUAGAGCACACGGAUCCCUUCUUGAAGGUUUCUAUUGUGCCGCAUUCUUCACGCGCGCUCGGCUAUUCUCAGUAUCUGCCGUCCGAUCGCUACAUUCGGAGCAAGGAAGAGCUGUUUGAUCGAAUGUGCCUGGCUCUGGGUGGGCGUGCCGCUGAUCACCUUGUCUACAACCACUUUACCACUGGUGCGCAGGACGAUCUUCAACGGGUGACUCGGAUGGCGUAUGAGCAGAUCUCAACACUCGGCAUGGGCACAACAAUGCCUGGACUCAGCUUCCGCUUGCCCAGCAAAAGCCAGCUAUCGCGUCGGCGGUACAGCAAUGCACUGGCCGAGGAGGUCGAUGCUGAGGUUCGAGCGCUUGUCACACGAGCUGAAAAGCGCGCCACAAUGCUACUGGUUGAGCACCGUGCCAAACUGGAUGAGCUUGCUCGCGUAUUGAACGACCGUGAAGUGGUCGACUACGAGACUGCAGUGCAAAUCCUCGGCCCUCGCCCGUUCGGGAACGGCCUCAGCAAGGAGCAGAUCGACGCGGCAACCCGCCCGUCGACCACCAGCAACAGCGCACCCAAGAAUCCGCCAACCGCGCCCAACACCCCCAUCGACCCGAGCGUCCUCCACACUAGCUCGUCGCACAAGGACAAAUUGUGAACGCCACCCCCCGCCAAAUAAAUAAAGAGAAAAAAAAAAUGGAACGUGAAAUUUCAAAAACAAAAAACCG